AUGGGAAAUGCAGAGUCGUCAUCAUCGCGCGAAGAAAAUGCAAAGUCACCAUCGCCAGCGUCAGUCAAAUACUCCAUCCUCGAAAGGCAAGCUUCUCGUGAAGCGAAACGGAAGCAGCAAUCACAUGCCUCGACCAAACCUUCAGCGCCGGCUUCGACUCUUGUCCCGAGCAGCGCCGCUUCCACCACAACUACACGCGAGCAUGCCUCACCAACUCAAACACACUCGAGAGCCCGAUCGAUAACAUCUGCGACUUCGCGAUCCAAAGCUACGGACGACUCGGCGUCGAGUCACAGGUCGAACAGGUCUGCCAUGGGCCAGACGGAGAGCAAAGAGCGUAGGCCACCUUCUAGGUCUCAGACACUACCCGCGCCGCCUGUGGAUGAUGACAGAGUAUCAACUUCAUCACCAUCUUCACGCCCAGUGGAUGUGCCUCAGGCUGGUGAUGGAUUGAGCGAGAAGGAGAUAUUCGAGCCUACAGGCAUACCACAAGGAUCACCAUACUCUGCACCGACCACCAACCGAUAUGACAGGCCGCCUAGACUGCCCCUGCCAAUUGAGGAGGAGCUGCAUACACCUGGCUCACCAAUUCUCACCGCACAAGAUGUCAGCUCGCCGCUAUACCAGUCCGAGGUUGAUGGGCUCUUGCCUCGUAGGUCGAGUGUAUUGAGCUCCACGACCGCAGACGAUGACGAGAUUGGCGAUCUCGAUGCCUUCAUGCCUGAGUCUCAUUCCUCAGCGCCCAGUGUUCCCACUACUGUGACAUGGCGAGGCGACUCAGACAAGGUCUACGUAACUGGCACCUUUGUCAACUGGGAACGCAAGUUCAAGCUACAUCCGGACAAGGAGAAUGGCGGCUUCACGGCAACGCUACAGCUCAAGCCGGGCACUCACCAUCUCAAGUUCUUGGUGGGUGGCGAUAUGGUUACCUCAGACGACUUGCCCACGACUGUGGACUACACCAACAUUCUAGUCAAUUACAUUGAGGUCGUCGCUCCUCUCCCAGCCACGGCUGAGCAGGCACCCGUACCUGCCGAGCCGAUGCCGAUACCUGGAGCCGCAUUGACGGCCGCCCAAGCCAUAGAGACAGGGGAGGCGAUUGCCAGGCCUAUGGACAUUCGGCCUGCACAACGUGCACCAGAGACAGUCGAAGGUGGACAGCCCUCUACGCUACAGGAGACUGUUGGCGCUGGACCAGCUCAGCCAACAUCAAUACCGCGGGCGCCCGAGCCGCUGCCAACGCCGACACCGCGCACCCAACCAGUACCCAAGCCUGUGAAGCAGAAGUUACCACGACCGAAGUAUACGUCUGAGAUUCCAGCUUUUCUAUUCGACCUUGACAGUAACAAUACCGAAGAUCAAAAGGUGCAGCGAGCGAAACGAGUAGAGCAGCACCUGCCGCAGCCACCCUCGCUUCCGAUGUUCCUUGGCAAGAGUAUCCUGAAUGGUAACAUGCCGCACAAAGACGAUGCCAGUGUGCUGCUCAUGCCAAAUCACACUGUCUUGAAUCAUCUGGCCACGAGCAGCAUCAAGAGUGGCGUGCUCGCUACCAGUGGCACGACGAGGUACAAGCGGAAGUUCCUUACCACGAUUAUGUACAAACCUACUGCGGAUGACUGA